AUGAACGUCCAUCCACGACCAGAUUUGUGUUUACUCAGUUGGAAUAUUUUGGCACCUUGUUGGGUAAAUCAAGAUUGGUAUCCAACUCUAUUCGAGAUAGCGGUCAACCACCAUGAACGACUAAACAAGAUUGGUGAUAGAAUUCUAUCACUUGGGUACGAUGUUGUCCUGAUCCAAGAAGCACAGGAAGAUACUGUUCUAUUACUGAGACAGAAAUUAGACGACCACUAUGUGUUUCAUUCAGCUUGGAACCACCCAACUGCGGCAUCUGUACGCAAUGGUCUUUUGACAUUAAUCCGAAAGAAUUGGAAAUAUGCUUCAACAACGGCUAUGAGCCAUGGUAUUCUCGAUGUGGACAGAGGUGAAGCCAUUCAGAUUAUGACAAUACCUUCCAAGAAUAUUCAUAUAGUCAAUCUUCAUCUCGACUAUACCCAUCGUUUAUGUCAAGCUAAACUGGUGAAAGACAAGUGUAGGAUAUUGCUCGAUACUACUAAUUCUGUGACCAUUCUAGCUGGCGAUAUGAAUGCCGAAACGGACGAAUGCGAUCGAUUCGAAUGGAAUGACUUUGAGGAUGUUUUUCGUGAAUCGGAUCAUUGUAUACGAAUACCAACCUUUUAUUCGGAUCCAUCACGUGCAGAAUGCAAUACAGCCAUUGAUCACAUAUUCUAUAAUCCAUAUAAGCUCAAAUUGAUUGAACAUGGCAAAGCAUGGGAUAUUUCGAAUGGAUCACUUGCAGAUGCUCUAACAGAGAUCGGAAGCGACCAUAUCUAUGUUUGGGCCAGGUUCAACUUUUGUCCGUAA